UCGACCAAAAAACUGCAAACAGAAAAGUUUUACCCCAAAAACAACAGUCAUCAUCAUCCCCCCUCUGUCACAAUCCUUCAACCCCCUCAUACACAAUUCCUUCCUUUCACCCAUCAUUGUUCACAUUUUUAGUAAAAGCCUCGACACUUUUCUCACAUUAAUCAAAUUCAUUUUGCCGCCACCGCCCCCGAUCAAUUGCUGUUUUGUCUAUACGUGCUCCCCCCUUUUUAUCUGGAUUGUUGAAAAUAUAUCAAACAAACAUAAUCAUAUGCAAAUAAACUUUUAAUAAUAUACAGUGUUGUAUAUUAAAUUUAAGAUCCACCUAACAAUACUGGAUAUACCUCAAUUUAAAAUGAGGAAAAAUGAUUUUUCCUAAUUUUCCGGAAGAGUUUAAAUUUUUCCAUUAUAUUCUUAUUAUUUUCUAUACAGUCCUUUUUUUCAACAAAUUUUUAUUUUUUUUAAAUAUUUUUUCAUUUGAAGAAUCACCCUUUUUUUAAUUUCUUUUAAAUUUUUUUAAUUCAAUUUUCCGUCUCCACAUCCCCUUGUAUUUAUUGCCCUCUUCAUCCUUCCCCCCAUUUAUUUUCCUUUUAUUUUUUGUCCAAAAAAUUUUUUUUCGGACAAUUUGCAGCCGAUCAUCUUCUUUUUACCUUUGUUGUCCUUCUUUGCAACGGCCGAACAACAAAAUGAAUUUUUCUUCCGUUUCCGACGCUUAUAACCGCAUUUUAAAUAUCUUUUUCUGUCACCCGCCAAUUUUUUCCGCCUCCACGAUUUUGUAUAACUGAGCAUCUUUUUGUUGUCCGUUUAGUAUGGAAUUAAUUGUGUGUGGAAUAUUUUACUUAAAAAAUUUUAGUUCCGGGAAGGAAUACGCAGUAAUUCCAGUAAUUCUAAUUAAGGAGGGACUUAUUGUUAGUAAGGAGUAGGGUUGUCGGUUCGGAGCUGAACCGAACUGAAGAACCGAGAAUUUUUAGGUUAGGUUCCUCCUUACUAGGGAACUUUUUCACUUACGAUAACCCUAAAAGAUCCCCCCUUAUGAUUAUCCUAGUAAGGAGAGGGAUCUUUUCCUAUUGAAUUUCUAAAUGUUUAAUUAAUUCUAGAGACCUUAAAUUAGAUUUAAAUUGAAUGAAGUCUUCAAAACUUUAAUUUUAUAUAAACAAAUUUUCGCGAAACACCAAUCAUCAUUUUAUUUUAUUUUGUUAGAUUACUGUGGGGGUAUUAGUCUUCAUUUUCCCUCAUCUCUCGCCCUUUUCUAUUUGCGCCUUUCUUUUCGCUUGCCAAAUAAGGAAUAAAUGAAUGAAUUAUUCUUGGAUGUUUAUAAAAUUUAUUUUAUAAAUUUAGCAGGAUUGAAUUUAAGUUUCUUCAACAGUAAAAUUAAUAAUGACAACAGCUACAAUGUCACCACUUUUGGCUUCACCUAAAACAAAAACAGCUUCUAUGGUAGAGGAGAAUGAAAAUGAUGUGGUUGAACAGUUGUUGCGUGUUGCUGAAGCAAGGGAAGCUGUUGAACGAUUAGAAAAUGAACAGCGUGAAGUGCUUGAAGGAUUAAAAGAAAUUGAGGAAGAUGAAAAUUUUUUGAUGAGAGCCAAACAAACACUGGCAGAUUUGGCGGCAGAAAAGCGUAUCCACACAGACGCUAUUCGACAAAUUGAUGAAGAUCGACAAGAAUUAUCUCCAGCAUUGGAAGAAAUGCGCCUAAAACGUCGACGUACAGAAGCAGAUUUAAGUGAAAGAUGUUCUCACGUUCCUUUGCUGUUGGCACAACUACAACAACGCGCUAAACUUUUGGAAUUGGCAUGUCCGUUAAUUGAUGAUUUGUUGCCUUCUGGGGUGACUGCUGCAGCUUUUAAUAGUCGUGAUCCAGUCUCUCAACGUUUAUCAGACGAUUCUCCUUCAAUUUAUUCAACUUCACUUCCGACACAAACCACAACACCAAAUACAGCUAAUAUACCCUCAAUCCUUCAAUCACCACCUUCUUCAUUAAUGCUUAAUUUUCCACAAACAAAUAAUAAUAAUGUUGAUUCUUCAAUGCAACAAAUAAAUUUGCAUGGAAUAGCCGCUCUAUUUAUGUUACAACACGCUGCAACUACACAUCAAUUUGUUACGGCUGCCGCAGCUGCUGCAGCAAACAACAACAACACUCAACAACAAACUAACAACCAUUUAAAUUUUAAUAAUUCACAACAACCUAACCACCAUCAUCUUUUGUCUCAAGCAAUUCGUCAUAAUAAUUUUAUUAGACAACAACAACAACAACAAAUUGGAGGAGGAAAUCAAUUCCCAAUGCGGGCAUUAGAAGAAUUAAGCCGCGCACGAGAACAACAAGCAAGAAAAGUGCCUAAUGCUGCUCAAAGAAGUGCUGCUGCAGCUCUUGAAACUACACAUCAAUCACCUCCAAUGAAGACUUGUGCCUCAUGUCAAGACCAAAUCCAUCGAAAUGCUCCAGUCUGCCCUAACUGUAAAUGCAAAAGUAGAUCAAAAAACCCAAAGAAACCACGAAAAAAGCUGGCAGAACGUUGAAAAAAAUUUUUAAAUUUUGAUGAAAAAGCCAAAGAAAUAUAAAAUUUAAAAAAAUGAAAAAAAUAAUUAAUUAAUUUUUGUUGUAAAUAAAAAAAUUUUUUGGUAUUUUUUAGUUAAAAUAUUUUUUGUAGUUACUUUUUUGUAUUUGUGUGAAUUAGUUGAAUAAAUGAAAAACAAAUUUUUUAAAUAAUUUUUUGAAAUAAUUUAAAAGGGUUUUUAUAAUCCUCUAUAUUUUACGAAGAAGUGUUGUUUUGGUGGUGGAGCUGCGUUAUUCUGCCGGUGGGGCAAAAAUUUCUGGCGGGCCCCCUUCACGUUUGGUUGCCUGUUUCUGUUCUGAGGCUUCAUUUUUGUUACAACGAAGAUGAGUGGGUGAACGAUUGUUGGCGUUUUGGAUGGCUUUAUGGAAGCAAAAAAGGUUUGUGGAUGUUUGG